AUGAAACUUCAAGAUAUUCAGAUCCAGAUUUCAGAACUCAGUAAUGACUUGAAGAAUCUAAAGUCUACAAAAGAUGUGUCUGCUGUUGUAUUACUACUGUUGCUUCUAUUGAAGUAUGUGGGGGAUAUCAAGAUUGGCUCUACAGAUGAUGAUAUUAAUCUUGAUGCUGAAGAAGAAAGUUCUGAUGAUGCUGUUGAAGCUGUAAAUAGAAUUAUUUGUAAUACUAGCUCAGAUAUUCUACUUCUGAAUAUGGAUAAGAAGAUGCAAAUAGCUUUGCUUGAAGAAUUCACUGCCAAUGCUGCCGAUAUUGAAAUGCCUAUUAUGGAAAAGUGUGGAUCUGAUAAUAGGCUGAUGGCUGAUGUGGAGCAUAUUGAGUGA